GCUGGUACGCAAACACUGAAUGAGAGCAGGUGCAGUUCCCAUAGAGAAGGCGUGCGUUGGAGUAAUUGCGUUUCUACUGCAGGUUAUGUAGUCGUGUCGUGAAACUUGUCAAGAGGUCUUUCAUUUCUAUGAUGCGGAAGCUGCCCAGAGAGAUCAAGAGUUUCAUUUGUCAGUGGGUGGUGUCCCUGAGAGAAGGUGUGACAAUGUGGAGGCAGCUGGAGCCAGUACCAUGACCCAGCCCACACCAUGCACCAGGUGUUGGGGGAGCCGCAGGACGCAGACCCCCGCGGCAGGGCUUAGUGCCAGGCCAGAUUAUACCUGGAGCAGAUCAGGAGCCGAGUCUCCACAAACAGGCAGGACGUCAAGCCGGCCAUGGCCAAGCGGGAUUACCUGGUGGACGCUGCCAAACAGAUCCGCAUGGCGCUGGACCGGGAGAUCAGCGAAGAAUACGAGGCUGCAUUUAACUACUACAAGAACGGGGUUGACCUCUUGUUAAAGGGGGUGCAAGGUACAGGGUUGCAACGGCUUUCUGGGGUUGACCCGAACAAGGAGCGCAGGGAAGCAGUGAAACGGAAGACCACCCAGUACCUGAAACGAGCCGAGGAAAUCUUCAACUCGCACCUACAGGGGAGUCUACGGAGGACAGACUCCAAAUCCGGGUGUCAGGGAUUCAGUAGCCUGAGGUUUCGACCAAUCCGAAUCCUCAGCUCACCCGUGGAAGACCUGAAGAUGUAUAAGGUCACUGGGGUCAUUGACAAGGUGCUCAUGGUCCAGAACCCAACCACAAAGGAGAUUUUUGUUGUCAAAAGCCUCCCCAAGUCUAGCUGGAAAAGCCAUGAGUACCAGACCAUAAUUCCCCAGGGCGUGCCGUUUAUGGUGCGGCUUCUGAGAUACUCCGUCAGUGAGGAUUCAGUCUUCCUUCACCUGGAACAUAUACAAGGUGUGAGACUCUUUUCUCAGAUUCACAAAGCCAGCACUGAGAGGGUGAAAGAGUACCCUGAAUGCUGCAGUCCCUCUCGCAGAAAGAUUAAGCUGAAGAACAGCUACACCACACCAACGCUGAGGUUUGAUUUUGAGGAAAGCUGCAAAGUAACACCAAACAAAAUGACAGGAAUUACAGAGGACUUGGUGCACUAUUCUGACACAGAACCCCGGACAGAAGGCCAGUCGGAGGGCUUCAGCACUGGAGAUGCUGGGUGUCUGCUCUGCAGCAAACAUAAUAAAAUGAAUGAGCACUCCCAACAUUGUCUUUGCUCAGAAUGCUAUACUGGAAUGGUAAUGAAGACUGAUUCUGUACCAGCAAACAGCAAAGAACAAUUCCAUAGGAACCAGAGCAACCUGUUAGAACCUCAGGAAUAUAUUGCCCACCAACCAGAUGUGAACACCAGAGACAAACCUAAUGGGGCACUGAAAGUUGCUCCAAGCAAUCUGAUAAGCACUGAACUUUGUACUGAAUGUAAUAAAUGCAGGGCUGUAAAUACUAACCAUCUGGCAAAUGAGGUACCUCAAGCAACUGAAACGUCAGUACAAAGCUCAGGUUCUGAGACGGCAUGUGAAAGCCAGUUGGUGUGUGAGAGCGUGACAUUGAAACUGGUGGAGGAUUUCUCAGACCCCCCUGUGCAAACUUGGAUGGAAGGUGGCCGCGGUGCGUUGGCCACUGAAGGCACUUCCAAAGUCUCUAGUACAGCCAGGAGGCCUGCUGCAGUAGCAGGCCAAUACCUUGCAGUGCAGGAUGAGGAGGGGAGAGAGAACUUGAGUAACACUGCUGCCAACCAACAGGAAAGGACAGAAGGGACUAGUGAUUCUGCAGGGGCAUUGGAAAACUCAACACCCAUUAGAAUAGACUCUUCUAAUGUGGAUUCAGCAAGCAUAAUGAUAGGUGCGUCCUCAGGGAACGGGCAGUGCCUGAUGAAGGUUCCCGUUCACAAUUUAAGUGCUGCUAACCAGGUCUCUACAGACCAGGACCCAGUAAUCCCCAGUGUAAAGGACCUCCAGGUGACCUCGACCAAGGCCAAGGGCCAGGAGGAGAAAGAGGACUGGGAACUGUUAAGCCCUCUGAACAGAGAGAGCGGGGCCUUCCCAAUGACCGGGCAGGUAGAGGUGCUCCUGUGUGACUCGAGAGGAGCUGGAGCUGGAUCCAAAGCAUCUCAGCUUUGUAAGAACGGAUACUGUAGCAGCAGCCUGUCGCCUGCGUCCGAUUUGCACAUUGAAGUGGACGGUUGGUGUCUGCUGCCGAAUUUCCCCUCCAGGCAGACCGCUGAAAGGCCCAAGCCAGGCCCCAGGGGCCUCUCUGAAGACCAGGCCCGGCUGUGGGUGGCCCAGAUUCUGUUGGCUUUGGAAAGCCUUCAUGAGCAGGGGAUUGUGUGCAGGGACCUGAAUCCCAAGAACUUACUGCUGGAUAGCUGUGGACGGGUUCGCUUAACAUACUUUGGCCAGUGGGGUGAAGUUCAAUCCCAGACCAGCCCCAAAGCAAUGGAAGACAUGUACUGUGCACCAGAAGUGGGUGGUGUUUGUGAAGUCACGGAAGCCUGUGAUUGGUGGAGCUUGGGUGCUUUGUUGUAUGAGCUCCUUACUGGAAUGUCCCUGAAGCAGUGCCACCCCUCUGGCAUCCUCCCUCACACCCAACUCCACCUCCCAGACUACCUGAGCACUGCAGCAGCCUCCCUGCUGACCGAGCUCCUGCAGUUCGAUGCUGGGUACCGGCUGGGCUCUGGAGGAGGGGGUGUGAGCGACAUCAAGGGCCAUCCGUUUUUCAGCACUGUCCCCUGGCAGAAGCUGAGUGGGUAACCCUCAGCGAGAGAGGACCCACAGGACCCAACACAUUUGCACUGAUGAAGGGGCAAAGGAACACAGAGCCCAAUAGACCACUAGAAUCCCCUGAACUGGCAGCUGGAAAUGAAAUAUAAAAUGUAGCCAGGUAUCUGAGCACCAGGGCCAUGAGUUCAAGCUUAUGAUUAAGUGAUGGUUAAUAGAAUGAGAAAUGCAAAUGGCGCAUAAAAGAAUGUUUCAGAAAUGGAAUCCGACCAAUUUCAGAAUGGGGAACAACAGCAUGGUAUUGCGUACUGCCUGCAAUGGGGUGCGGUCAAACACCAAAACACUACCAUGGAUAUUCAACGAUGUCACAGGCAUUCUAAUUUUUUUUUUUUACCCUUGUAUGUCAACCAGCAACACACCAACUUUCAAUACCUUUUGAUCACCCAGUAUAGGAAUUAUUAAUCCGAGAAGACUCUUUUUACCAGGGAUAGCUCAGAUAAUUCAUUAUAUUACAACCUCACAAUAUGAAGCAACGUCAAAGUGUCAAAAAUAGUGUUUUUUAAUCUGUUUUUUUAAUCUUUUAUCUGCAGCCUCCAUUGUUAUUUAAGCUGAUCUAAGGUUCUCCCCGUCUUGCCUGGGAUGAUGCUUUAUUGUAUAGAGCUGGUAAAGUGGAGCAUGCAAUGGGGAGGGGCUUCAGAACCCUUCCUGGGUAGAAUGGUGCGCGGUUGUUUUUGUUUUACAAGCAUCUAACGUAUGAACUGACAAACCUUACAAUAACAAUUUAUAACACACUGUAUCACCAAGAUGUAAUUAAAGGAAUGAAAUAGCAAUUACACGUGUGUUUAUGUUAUUGACGAGUCUAUAGAUCAGAAAGUAUAACUUCAAAGGCAGUGGAACCCCUGUUCAAACUUUUUUUGUUGUUGCCUAUAUAAGGGAACAACUAAGAUAUUCCUUACAGUUCAAAAUGACCUUGUCAGAUAGAUAUUAUUAAAGGGUUGUUCCACGCCUGCUAGGAUAAUCAUAUUAAAAAUCUAGACGCACUUUUACCACCCAGUGUAUUGUGAAAAUGUUUUAUUGGACAGACCAUUUUGCUCUAUGCGGAGUCCACUUUAGAGGCUGUGAGUUGGGGGAAGUAGAUGUAAUGUAGAGUACAUCUUCACAAGUGUGUGUCCUAGCCACUAAGAGGCUUUGUUGAGCCAAUGUAUUGUGUGCACUGCGGCACAUUUGAAAUGUCAGGAGAAAGCGCUGGUGUUUGUCUUCUGUCAGGCACGCAUGACUCACUUGCUAGUUUAUGUUGUUUAUGUAAUUGUAUGUGUGAUGGAACAGCUGUUCACUUUUAUUAGCCAUUCAAUGGCUGUAUUUUUAUAAACUAUUUGUUUUCUGUUUAACACUGAAAAAUGCACUGAAGGACAGAGGCAUGCAUCUAUGAAGGUCAAUUAUAGGUAGAUUAGAAGCUCAGAGUUGGGUUUUAAAAAUAAACUGGAAGAGUUUCAGUAAGGUUUUAGUCCCCUUGCCUCCAAAAUGAAGUAAAAGAUGCAAACCAAGUAUGGAUGCUCAGAAACGUACUUGUAGAAUUUGGCCAGUAUAGAGAUAAAUGACCAGAAGUGUGCUUAUUUAAAUCAGAUGGGCACAUGGCAUUGAAAUGUAAUUUUAAAGUACAGCAUCAUAAACUACGGUAGGGUGUGUGAGUUUUGUUUAUUAUUAAUGAAAGAGACCAUUCUACUUUUAUAAUGAUUCAAAGUACACUGUUUAUUGAUUCAUGAAAGAUUAACAGGUGAUAUAGUCACUACACGAUUACAUUUGUUUACAUCCAUUGGUUAUUCAAGAUACCCAAACAUCACAAUUAUUGCAACCCAUUCUUGUAUUCGAAUAAUGGUAGUCACCUAACUUGCAGUCAGAAUACUAAUGAUGUCAUAUCACCUCUUAACUGAGAAGACCCUUUCAGACGGGUUCAAGGAAGAUGCUUAGUCCAUUUCACCCGGGCAACUCACUGAAAUCUGGUCUCCUCUAAGCUUAUAUAGCUGUGUUUCAUUUGGCUCUGAACAUGCACAGUCUUAAUCCUAUAGAAUCCAUACUCUUAAAACACCUGGUUUUGGUUUACACCUGUGUCACAUUAGCUGAUAGCACUCUCACGUCCAUAGCAUAGACCUUGUUACCAUAAGAGAUCUGUACCCCUUAGAUUCCCACAAUGGGAGUCUUAAAUACCGGUUUUCUCCAGCCUGAAAUUAGACUCCUACCAAACUCAUAGCUCUACACAGAAUAAAAUGUUUUAUUCCUUAUGCUACCGAAAACCAUAAUAGUAAUACCUGGCGUGGAGCAACCUCCACACCUCACCUUCUCUUAACUGGAGUCCCCCAAGGGUCAGUCUUGGGUCCUCUCCUGUUCUCUCUCUACACCCGCUCCCUGGGCCCCCUCAUCGCAUCCUAUGGUUUCUCAUACCAUUUCUAUGCUGAUGAUGCUCAGAUUUUCCUUUCCUUCCCCACCUCUGACUCCACCAUCUCCUCCCGUAUCUCUACCUGUCUGUCUGCUAUUUUCUCCUGGAUGCACUCGCAUCACCUCAAACUCAACCUCUCUAAAUCUGACCUUCUUUCCCUCCUCCUCCCCCUCCUCUGAUCUCUCUAUCUCUGUUCCUCUGGAAUCUACCACACUCUCUCCCUCUUCCUCCGCUAAGAACCUUGGAGUCACCCUGGACCCCUGCCUCUCUUAUUCCCAGCACAUCUCCACUUUGGCACGCACUUGCCGAUUCUUCCUGAGCAACAUCCGAAGAAUCCGACCCUUCCUCACCAACUAUGCUACCCAGCUCCUGGUCCAGGCCAUGGUACUCUCCCGCCUAGACUACUGCAACUCCCUCCUGGCUGGCCUCCCUGCGUCUGCCACCCGUCCGCUCCAGCUCAUCCAGAACUCUGCUGCCCGCCUGGUGUUCUCUCUGCCUCGCUCCACUGGCUCCCGAUCACCGCUCGCAUCCAGUUCAAGACUCUUGUACUAGCCUACAGAUGCCUUGACCAGACUGCACCCAGCUACCUCCAGACCCUCAUCUCUCCCUACACCCCCACUCGACCUCUCCGCUCCACUCCUUCUCCACCCUUGCUCCGCAGUGGUGGAUUGACCUUCCUACAGAUGUCAGGACUGCCCAGUCCCUGACCACAUUCCGGCGCCUCCUUAAGACUCACCUCUUCAAACAGCACCUGUAGAACUCCUGUCUCUAUCCUGGGACACUAUCACCCUUCAUUUAAAUGUGCUUUAUUUUGCUCUUAUCUGCCCACUAUCUUACUGCAUUUAAUCCUGUACUUCAGAAUACUGUAAUCUGCCAAGUGUUUAACCUGUAGUAUUUUGUAUUUAAUCAUAUCCUUAUGUAACUAUCACUAUUUAAUCAUAUCCUGAUGUAACUAUCACUAUUAUCUGCUGUAUUAUUGAAUUGUGGUUUGUCACACUUGAACAACAGUUAUUGUAUUUCUUGCUCUUAUUGUAUUGCUUGUAUUGUUACACUUGAAAUGUAUUUGCUUACGAUUGUAAGUCGCCCUGGAUAAGGGCGUCUACUAAGAAAUAAAUAAUAAUAAUAAUAAUAAUAAUAAUACUACAGCAUUACAAAUGUCACAUUUUUCAAUUUGUCAGUUUUUCGUUAAGUAUAUGGGAAAACUACAAAGCAGUAUGUAAUUCAAAAUGUUGACAUAACAUUAUAUAGCAGGUUUCAUUCGACUAUUAUAUAAUAAAAGGUAUUGGAAGUUCUGUGAUCAUAGUUGGGAGCAUAAAAGGCAAUGUUACACAAAAACAUCUACCUGUUCCAGCAGUAUACAUUCAAAGAAUAUUUAAUUUCAGCCAUUCUUCCCACCUUUUCAUGUUGUUCAGAUAUAUAGCUUGUGAGCAAGCGUUGCAUUUCAUUCUGGCAGGAUAUCAUUGUUGCUCUUUUUUUUCCAUUAGGAAGUAUAAAGAGGCCUUAUAAGGCUUGCAUACUGAAUGAGUCUUUUGUUUUGAGUAAAUGUUGCUUCUCUACAGCAUGCAUACUUAAAGGUUAUUUUAAUAACAAUAUGGUUAUUCUUAAAUGGGGAUCAGGUGCACGAGCUCUGUCUGAUGGUCUAAUCUUGACAACAAAACAUGUAGUCCUUAUGUUCAGCAAAUGUAUUUUGUAAACACUUAGGCACAUUUUGUAAGGAUAAAAUGUUAUUGUUUGUUGGGAGUCUGCAAAGUAACUAAGUGCAUUUGUGUUUUUUUUUCUGAAAAAUUAAAAUUUUUGUUCAGAAAAAUCUGUUAGAAUAAACAGACCCUUUUAGUGAAAUUAUAAGACGCAGGUACUUUUAUUUCAGUAUGAGCUGUGCCAGUUUAUUUUGUGCACAGAGAUGUUACUGUAUAAGCUUUUUAUUAUAACCUAGUUUUAUUAUUGGUUUUACUGUGUGAAGAAAGAGUAUGCAUGUAUAAUUUGGCAAGAAAUGAGUCAAAGAAGCAAAGGGCUGUGAUAUCUAUGCUUUUUUUUUUAUUUCUGGACACAUUCUAUUCUGUACUUACUUUUCUUUUGCCACAUUCUAUGCCAUGUACUUAAAGAGGGAUUUCCCAUGACUUCCAAACUAAUAUAGCUCUGUGAAUGGUCAUCUUCAGCAGCAACAUGAUUUCCAGCCUUGUCCCAGUUUAUUAAACCAGCUUCAAAAUACAGUGGGGCCCAAAAAUAUGGAGGCAGUUCCUCAUUUUAAUUCUUGGGAGAAUUCCUGAGAAGUGAAACAUUUUGAGGAUACAAGGCACUUGGGGGGGGGAAAAAACAUUUCAAAUUCCUUUCCCUUAAAAAAUAUGCAUAUGUAUGCACAGUUUGUGAUCUGAUACAUUAUCAAAAGGCAGGCUUAUCUGUACAAUUUCAGAUCUUUUAUUCAUACUACAAGUCUUAUGUACUUUUUAGACAUGAAACUGCAAAACAAUGCACACAACAGUGACAAGAAAAUCAGUUAUGCAAUAUAUUUAAAACAUAAUGCAUAAUACACAUUAUUGCUAUAAGUAAGUAUUUUAUUAAUACUUCACCUGAAACCUCACGAUUCUAGCGGGCCCAUGAAAACAGCAACAGAUUUUUUUGAAAAAGGUUGAAAUGGCACAUGAAUAAUUUAGGGAAAUCCAAUCUCUGAAGUGGGUAAUGAAAACCAUUUGCCAUCUUUUGUAAUUUGCCCGUUUCUAUUCUUUCAGCUUUCAUCUAUCUCCAUACAAAGACUAAAAGGACAAAUAUCCUAUUCUGCUACCUGAUUUGAUAUUCCCAUCUUGUGCCAAUUUUUUAAAGAAACAGCAUUUUAAAAAAGGGACACAGAUAUUGAUGCACCUUGUGAAAUACUAUUAAAAUCAUCCCUUUCUUGCUAAUGGAAUCUUGUGUGGCAGCAAAAAAGCUGAAUGAUGUUGUUGGGGCCAUUUAUCUAUUAUAGUCUCCUCUAUUCUUAUGGUAAUGUAACAUUCGUGUUUUUGUGUGACUAAUUAAUUCUAUGUUUUCCUCUAGAUUGCAUUGUUUGUGUGGGCUCUGGCAAUGAAACAAAGAUGUCUAUUAGAAGCCAUUGUGUGCUGCGAUUAUAAAAGUAAACGAAGUAUUAGAGAGCCCCUGUGCAGCUGGGAACACUUGACCCUUUAUUAUUAAAAUGUUAAGGUAUAA